UGAGCUUCGUAGUGAUUCAUUCUUCAUUUUUGCUGAAGUUCCAUCUUUUCAACAUGGUUUCUGAAGAGCAUCUCGUUCCCGCCAAGCUCCCGCUCGUCAAGCUCGAAGUCGAGCAAGCAUUCAACUGCCUGUCCAAGCAGGAGAAGCUCUACGCCCACCAUCUGUCGCGUGCGUGCUGGGCGGGAGGCAAGAUCUGUCUGCACCAGAUGAACCACGACGCCGCUCGCAUCUUUGAACUCUUCAUCACGCUGUUCUCCGCCAAGACGGUCGAGCAAGUCAAGUCGGCUGCCGCUCUCAGCGACGAAGAUUGGCUCAACUUUAUCAACUACCCGGCGCUGUUCUUUGGCAACUUUGGCAACUACUUGUCAUUCGGUGACUCCAAGUUUGUGCCCCGUUUGGACAAGGACAAGUUCAAGCACGCCGUUCUGGCAGUCGCCAGCAACGAUGCCGACGCGACCCUGCGCUCCAAGCUGACCACGUUGCUCGGCCAGACGCUCGAAGCGAUUUACAGCUGCGAAACGAACGAGCGCGGUCUUGCUGUCGAUGGCAAGGGCGUCUCGGGCUACUACUCGGCUGGCAUUACGACAGACCAGAUCAAUCUGGUGCAAGAGUUCUGCCAGCAGACUGGACUUUCGGUGCUCAACACGCGGUUGUUUGUGACAAGCGAGAAGCCGCUUGCGCUCGAGCUGCGGCUUGCUUCGGUCGAGCCCCGCGAGCCCAAGACGCACGAGUUCAAAGGCGCCUCCAUCACUGUGACCUACGGUGACCACAGCGCCAUCCUCAAGGAGGUUGUUGCUCAUCUGCAACAGGCCCUGAAGCACGCUGCCAACGACCACCAGCGCGUGAUGAUCGCCAAGUACAUUGAGACGUUCACGACGGGUGACAUUGAGGCGUUCAAGGAUUCUCAGCGCGCGUGGAUUAAGGAUGUCGGGCCAGUCGUCGAGCUCAACAUGGGCUUUGUCGAAACGUAUCGCGAUCCGAUUGGCGUUCGUGCCGAGUAUGACGGCUUUGUUGCUAUGGUCAACAAGGAAACGAGCAAGAAGUUUGCCACCCUGGUUCAGGAGGCCGAGGCGUUUUUGGCGCUGCUGCCGUGGGGCAAGGACCUCGAGAAGGAUCGGUUCAUGCGACCCGAUUUUACCGCGCUGGAAGUGCUCGGCUACGCUGGCAAUGGCAUUCCUGCAGGAAUUAACAUUCCCAACUUUGACGACAUUCGCCAGACGGAAGGUUUCAAGAACGUCAGCAUGUCCAACGUGCUUUCGGCCAAUCUCGCCCCGGACGGUGAGCCCAUUUCGUUCAUCGCGGCAGAUGAGCAGGACAUGUUCCAGGACUUGGUUUCCCAUGCGUUCGAGGUGCAAGUCGGUCUGCACGAGCUGCUGGGGCAUGGCAGCGGCAAGCUGCUCAUGAAGGGGGCCGACGGCAAGUUCAACUUUGACGUCGACAAGGUCAAGCUCCCUGCCUUCACGUGCUGGGAGGCCGGAGUGCCCAAGAACGGCGGCAACUGUGCCGUCACCAAGUUCUACGGCCCUGGUGACACCUAUGACUCCAAGUUCCCCGUCUUUGGCUCGUCCUUUGAAGAAUGCCGCGCUGAGGCUGUUGGUCUCGUGCUCUGUGUCAACCCGACCGUGCUCUCGAUCUUUGGCUAUCCUGGUGCAACAGCCGACGCUGUCCAUGACAUUUCGUACAUCAACUGGCUGAGCAUGGCUCGCGCUGGCAUCCGUGCGCUCGAGUUCUGGACGCCCGAGAACAAUCAGUGGCGCCAGGCGCACAUGCAGGCGCGCUUUGCCUUGAUGCGUGCCAUGGUGAAUGCUGGCGAAGGUUUGCUGACCAUCGACGAGUCCAAGCUCGCCGAGCACCAAAUCACCAUCAAGCUCGACCGAUCCAAGAUUCUGUCUGUCGGUCUGCCUGCGAUUCGCAACUUUUUGCUGCGCAUCAUGAUCUAUCGUGCCACGGCCGACUAUGAAGCUGGAAAGGCCAUGUACAGCGACAUUACCUCUGUGACCGAGCCCUUCCUGCGUCUGCGUGAAGCUGUGCUCAAGAACAAGAAGCCGCGCAAGGACUUUGUUCAAGCUCAGACCACAUGCGAAGGCGAUGAUGUCAAGCUGAACGUCUUCCCGGCCACUCCCGAGGGCAUGGUUGAAUCAUUCGUGCUGCGUUUCCGUCAGUAGGCGCAGACUUUGCCUGAAGUGUUUCGCGUGGAGGGUUUCUUUGUUUGUGCUGCGUGUAUUGAGCAUUACAGAGCGAUCGACAAGGUCAAUUUUUUUUUUCCUGAUUGUUGUUCUGAAUUUUUAUUUUUUUUUUUUUUUUCUU